CCAGACAAAAGAUAGUUGACAAAGGGCUAGCAAACACAACGAGAGUUUGACAGGUCAAGACAGAAUAAGGAGGGAAAUAACUUCUACAGACAGAAGUCCACUAAACUGGUUUAAUAUUACGAUAGACUCCCUGGAUGAGGGAGGAAAUGGAGUGAGAAACGGUGGGAGAGAAAGAUGGCUGUAGUGCAGGUGAUGAGGGCGGGGUUGAGACGACACUGAACGUGUGAUUUACACAAACACAGAGCCGCACAACCGUAAUCCCUGGAGCCUGACAAACCCCCUGAGAGGUGAGAGAAUGGGAGAGAAACCACGACACUAACCCUGGACUACACACACUGACGGAACAGGGAAAAUGUAUGAAAUGUGUUGCUUUCUGUGACGGAAAGGGCCAAGGAUUAUAUCACUGGAUUGUUAAGGUUUCUUUCUUAAGGUCUGAGGCACACACACACACACAGAGGGAGAGAGAAUGUCUUCAAUAUCAGAAGCAGACUCCCGCUGUCAACCAGGAGACACCAUCUGUAAUAUCAGUGUGUAUGAGCAAGAAGUGAUCAUCGUGCCCAUCCUCCUAUUGGCUAGCUUCCUGGUCGUGCUGGUCUUCAUCAUCCUGCUACGGUACUGUCCUGACAAGGUGGACCGCAUCCGACCACAGAACACUGUGGCCACGUCCAGAUCACAGCGCUCCAGGAGACAACUGCACGGCAUUGAUGCUCCCCUGGGUAUCAACCCCCUGGAACAUGAGACUAUUGCUCUUGAUGCCCCCUCCUACUCUACCUUCUCCCCAACUCACUCCCACCCCUCCUCAAACUGUCUCUCCUUCUCUGUGAGGACUCCCUCUCUCCCUCCUAUCCCACCCAAGACCUUUACCCCAUCCUCCCCGUCCAGCCCCCCACCCCAGUCCUUCACACCUUCCUUCACCCCUAUGGUCCAGCCCAGGGAGCUGCCUCGCCAGAGGCUGCCAGAGUCCUUCAACCUAGUGGCCUCGCUGCCCGCAGCCUUCUCCCUGUGCUCUGACAAGGCUGUCUCUCUCUACAGGGCCCGCAUGGACAACAGGAACGCUGUGCUCCGAGUGCUCAACGACUCUGCGAGCGCCACAGAGAGGCACAACUUCCUGUGCUUUGCUUCCUUCUUGUCCCAGCUGGGGCCACACCCCUUCCUGCCGGAGCUCCUGGGCGUGGUCUCUCUGCGUGUGCCCCUAGUUACCGUUGUUGAGGAGCUAGAGAACAGAGAUCUGCUCAGCUUCCUGUGGCGGUGCAGACAGGAUGGUGUGGGCGGGGACCCUCCAUGUGAGAUCACAGAGAGACGUAUAUUUACCAUGGCCAAACAGGUAGCCUCUGCUCUGGAGUUCCUCCACAGCCGAGACCUUCUUCAUGGCAACGUCCGUGCUCACAGCGUACUGGUCAGCCGGGAGCUGACGGCCAAGCUGUGGGGACUGGGCGGGGUCUACACCAGGAAUACCCAGGGAGCUACUCAGACUGAAGUUCCUGGCAUGAAGAAAUGGCAGGCCCCCGAGCUAUUGGCUAGGAGGCCUGCCAAUCAUAGCAGUGACGUCUGGUCGUUUGGCAUCUUGUUGUUUGAAAUGGCGACCUUGGGUGAUGCUCCGUUUUCAGAUAUUUCUGUCAACGAGCUUCUACAGUUUCACCAGAGAGGGAAAACACUGAGAAAGCCAGCCAACUGCUCCAACUCACUGUACUCCAUCAUCAAGGCCUGCUGCCAAUGGAAGGAGCAGGAUCGCGCCACAUUGGCUGAGGUUGACCGCAAGCUCCAGUCAGGAGAGAAGAGUGCCAACGACAAAGUCCUCAAGGUGCCUGAGCCAAUCAACAUCGAGCAGUACCUGCAAGAGGCUGGAUAUGGGGAGUCCAACAGCUACACAGUUUUUUGAGUGGCGGCUGUGCCGUCCAACGAAAUGCACUAUGCCGAGGGACGAUGGUGGAUGUUUAUAUAUGUAUGCCUCCAUUCAUUCCAGAAAGAUAUUAAUUUCCUUCUGCCCUUUUUGUCUUUGUACCAUAGACUUAAGGUAGUUGAACAGACACAAUUGUUGAGUCAACUUUGUAGUUGAUUGUUUGUAGUUGAUCGUGUAUACCAGUAGAGGCUGCUGAGGGGAGGACGGCUCAUAAUAAUGACCAGAAUGGAGGGAAUGGAAUGGUAUCAAUUUCAUUUGUUUGAUACCAUUCCAUUCACUCAAUUCCAGCUGUUCCACUCCAUUCUAGCCAUUAUUAUGAGCCGUCCUCUCCUCAGCAGGCUCCACUGAUGUACACUACUGUUCAAAAGUUUGGGGUCACGAAGAAACGUCCUUGUUUUCCAUG